AGCAGAGCUCGUGCGCGGAGGGGAUGUGACGUCAGAGAGGCGCGCCUCCCUCCGCUCGCUCACUAGUCGUUGAAUUUCGAUGAAAAACGGGAGAAAGUCCGAGUCACAUCGACACGGAGCGGCGGAUCGCGACUGUCACACACUCAGCCAUGUCAGACUUCCACGACUCUCUGGUCGACGUCUCCAGCGACAGCUUCUGGGAGGUGGGGAACUACAAGCGCGUGGUGAAGCGCGUGGAUGAUGGGAACCGGCUGUGCAACGACCUGAUGAACUGCCUUCACGAGCGCGCGCGCAUCGAGAAGAGCUACGCGCAGCAGCUGAGCGAAUGGGCCAAACGCUGGAGGCAGCUCGUGGAGAAAGGGCCUCAGUAUGGGACGGUGGAGCGAGCGUGGUUUGCUCUGAUGACCGAGGCCGAGAAGGUCAGCGACCUGCAUAUGGAGGUGAAGGCUGCUCUGAUGGGCGAGGACUUUGAGAAAGUCAAGAACUGGCAGAAGGACGCUUACCACAAACAGAUGAUCGGGGGCUUCAAGGAGACCAAAGAAGCAGAUGACGGCUUUCGCAAGGCACAGAAACCCUGGGCCAAGAAACUCAAAGAGGUGGAUGUGAUGAAGAAGGCGUACCACACCGCCUUCAAGGAGGAGAAGGCGGCCGCCAGCCGAGAGAGCACCAGCAAACUGGACAACAACAACCCAGAGGCUCAGAAGAAGCUGCAGGAGAAAGUGGAGAAGUGCCAGCAGGAGGUUCAGAAGACUAAGGAGCGCUACGAGAAGCUCCUGGAGGAUCUGGAUAAGGUGACGCCUCAGUACAUGGAGAACAUGGAGCAGGUGUUUGAACAGUGGCAGCAGUUCGAGGACAAGAGACUGCGCUUCUUCAAGGAGCUGCUGCUCGGCGUCAAGCAGCACCUCGACCUCUCCACCAAUCACAAGUACCAGACGGUGUAUAACACACUAGAAGACACCAUCCAGGCAGCCGACGCACAGGAAGACCUCAAGUGGUUCCGCUCCAACCACGGGCCCGGCAUGCCCAUGAACUGGCCUCAGUUUGAGGAGUGGUCCACGGACUUGAAUCGGACGCUCAGCCGGCGGGAGACCAAGAGGAAACCGGCCGAUGGAGUGACUCUGACGGGAAUCAGUCAGACGGCAGAGCCGGUGUCGAAGGCCAGCAGCAGCGUGACUGUGGCCAGUAGCUCAGAAGCAGCUUGCUUAAACCCGUUCGAGGAUGACGAGGACGAGGAUGAAGACGAUUCGGCGGUGGCGGAGCAGCGGCCCGAGAGCAGCCCGCUCAGUGUGAAACGAGAGGAAGUGAUGAUAGCGCAAACAGCCAGUGUCGUGGAGAAGGAGAAGAUGGUGGUCGAUGGCUCGGACGAGGAAGCGGGGAAUCCCUUCGCCUCCGCUAACGCCAACGGCAAUCCGUUCGAGGACGAGCCGUCCUCCCCGGAAGUGUCGGUGCCGGUGCGCGCGCUGUACGACUACGAGGGUCAGGAGCAGGACGAGCUGAGCUUCAAAGCAGGAGAGGAGUUCACCAAGAUCGGCGAGGAGGACGAGCAGGGCUGGUGUAAAGGACGGCUGAGCAACGGCACCGUCGGACUCUAUCCGGCCAAUUACGUGGAAGACAUGUAGUGAAUCCGGCCCGUAUGACUGCAGACGACAGCACUGUCACAUGAUGGGAAACAGUGCCUCACUUCAAUCAUACUACAUUCACUAUAAUAUCAACCUUAGCCAAUAGAAGGACGUUUUUGCUCAUCACUGACCAGCCGUUCAUCCCGAGGAGGAGAACCAGCGUGGAUCAGUCACCUGACAUUUUAAAGAUAUUUUACCAAUGCUGUUUGCUUUUAGGAACGUAAUCCAUGCAGAUCGCAAUGACCCGUCUGUACGCCUGACCUCUGACCUCCCAGGCCAUCGAGACUGCGCUGUGUACUUUUAUUUUCAUUUUUUAGGAGCGGGUCCGUCAGCUUCAGCUGGACCUUGACGUGCACACUGGACGACAUGCUGUAGUUACACUCGUGAAGCGCAUAUCCUAUCUAAAGAUAUCUAGUGUGUGUGUGUGUGUGUGAGUGAGCGUGAGUUCUCCUGUCCUUCAGUGCACAGAUGCUGUGAUCACGAUGAGAAUGUAUUCUGAGCGUUACGCCGUAUGAAUGUUGACCCGAGCUGAUUGUUGUGUACAGAUGAGUCGACGCCCAAGCCUUCCCGCCUCUCAGGUGUCAUGACGGCGUCCGUACGGAUGCUGUUCGCUGCGUGUGAUCGCGCUGCCGUGUUUUUCACGUAUAUGUGCAGCGACGUAACGAAGCCAAAAUGGAUCGAAUGAGUUUUUAACAUUGCUGUUAGCGUCACGUGACCUGUUUGAUGUCACAUGGCAAAACUCAGUUACACAGUUGGAGUUUAUUUACUUUUGUAUAUUGUCGAGCUGGCAAUAAAUGAAUUCAAGUUACA